AUGGAAGAUAAAUAUAUUGGUUUGUUUUUGGCAAUUACGUCUUCUUUAGCUAUUGGUACAUCAUUCAUCUUUACUAAAUUGGGAUUAAAUGCUGCCAGUGAAGAGAACAAUUUCCAAGGUGCAGGCUUCAACUACUUGAGAAACCCUAUAUGGUGGGGCGGGAUGUCCUUGAUGGUUGUCGGUGAAGUAGCGAACUUUGCUGCUUAUACUUUUGCUCCAGCUAUUAUGGUGACACCAUUAGGUGCAUUAUCCGUCAUUAUCGGUGCGAUUCUAGCUGCUGUGUUUUUGAAGGAAGAGUUAGGUACACUUGGUAAGCUAGGAUGUACCAUCUGUUUACUUGGUUCAAUUAUUAUCAUCCUGCAUGCGCCUUCUGAUAAGGAGAUCUCUACAGUUGAUGAGAUUCUAGGGUAUGCCAUGCAACCGGCAUUCGUAUUUUACAUUAUCGUGGUAAGUACGUUCUCAUUGUUCAUGAUCUACAAAGUCGUUCCACAUUAUGGUACGAAGAACCCUAUGGUGUAUAUCUCCAUCUGCUCUUUAGUGGGGUCCAUCUCAGUGAUGGCUAUCAAAGCUUUUGGUAUUGCCUUAAAGUUAACUUUAAGUGGCAGCAACCAGUUUACACACCCUUCUACCUACCUUUUCCUCAUCGUCGUUGCUGUAUGCAUCAUGACACAGAUGAACUAUUUCAACAAGGCAUUGGAUCAAUUCGAUACAUCUAUUGUCAACCCAUUAUACUACGUUACGUUCACUACAGCUACUCUAACAGCCUCGUUCAUCUUAUUUAAGAAUUUCGAAGACAGUGAUCCAAAAGAUUCUUUAUCCUUGGUGUGCGGGUUCGUCAUCAUCUUCCUUGGUGUUUACCUUUUGAACCUAUCUCGUAAGAAGAACCAUGCCAAAAUGUUUGGUGAUCAACCGGACGUUGAAAACAUCCCAUUGGAUAACAACGUCGGUGCGUUCUCGGCAAGAAAAUCUUUCCAACACACAAGAAGUGCACACCAAAGAACUGGAUCCAUUGUAAAUUAUCAGGAUGAAGAAAUGGUUCAUCUUUCUUCAGCCACCAACAAAGAAGAUGACUUCGAAAUUUGA